AAGAAUUUAUGAAUCAAUUUUUAUGCAUAUAUAAAACUGGUAGAUAGAUUUUCGCAGUUUAUUAAUUCAAAAUUUUGGCAAAUACAGAAUGAUUAGAUUAAUUGCAACACUGAUCCGAAUUGGCUCAAAAUUAUUAACUUUAAGAAUGUUGCCUUCAAUCAACGAUUCCCUCAGUGCUCAAAAUGAGAAUAUCACAAAUUUACAAAGUGAAAUCCUCAAAUUGAACAUGGAAAUAGCACGAUUAUAUGCUCGAGAAUCUAGAAUUACUCAGAUGCAAACUUCACAAGUAACACGUGCAACACAAACGGAUGACAAUCCAUUCUGGUAUUUUUCUAAUAAAACUUUUAGCCAACCAAUAGGAAAAGUAACCAAAGGUGGCUUAUCAUUCGAAAUUAUAUUCUCUUGUCCAAAACCUUUGGUUACAUAUCCAAAACUGGAAUCAGUACGUGGGAAACUGGUUAGCAAAGCAGAAAUCGAUCAAAAACUAGUUAAUGCAGAAAAAAGAAGAAUGCAAAGACAGCAGUUAUUUGUGGGCAAAAAGGAUUCACAGAUAAACAGAGUUUCGUUAAAUAGAAAGCAAUUAAAUUUUGCGUUUCGAACCGACACUCUGGUAAAUAUGACCUUUAUGUCGAAAAUUGCUGUUGAGAGUCGAUUAAUUUUUUUAAGAAAUAUAAGACGUAGAGCUCAUACAGAGACUCUCAAAUUACAGCGAGCUGUGGCAAAAGUGAAACAAUCUCAAUUGUUGAUAAAGAAAAAAUUUGGACCUAAGCCAGUGAAUAUUGAAGAUCAAGCAGGAAAUGGAAACCAAAAUUUGCUAACGAUCAGUUAUAACCAAGCUAAUUCAAUUUAAAAGGAUUUCUAAUAUUUUAAAAAAAUUUAGUUCAUAUAUGUACAUUAUAGCGAAGUAUAAAUAUAUUAAAAUCCCUUGAACUCU